AUGCUCACGGACAGAGUCGACAUUGGACCCGAGUUUAUCUACCGCGUGGCCUCGGUGGCUCCUUUGCCCGUGGUCGGCCGCGCGGGCGCUUCGAGCAGGGCCUUCUCGGCGGAGGCCGCCCUCAACGCAGAAGGCUACAUCCAGCAUGCAGCGAAAGGUGGCCGUGAGGCGCUGCUUGGCCCCUUUCGCAGCUCCGGAAAGUUCGACGCGCUGCUCCGAGGUAACAUGGAGUGCACUUCCGUCGGCGACGGUGAAGUGACAUGCGCAGUCACCGUAACGCCGGCGUUGCAGAACAACUGGGGCACGAUGCACGGCGGCGCCUCCGCCACGCUGGUUGACGUCCUGGGGACCAUGGCCCUCCUCGCGCGGGACCCGCAGCGUGCGGGAGUGAGCGUGGAGAUGUCGCAGACGUUCCUCGCUCCAGCGAGGGGAGGCGAGACGGUCAUCGCCAGCGGAAAAGUCGUGAAGUACGGCCGGAGCCUGGGCUUCACGGAGGUCAAGAUCACAGACGGUACGGGAAUACACUGGUCACAGGAAGGCACACGAAGGCGUUCCCGCAGAAGAAAAGCUGAGGCCCGAGAUUUAGCCGGCCCUCUGGGACUGACGUGCUUCCUCGCAUGGGGCAUCUGA